AUGACGCUCUUCGACUCCACGAGAACCCUGGGCGUCGCCGCGACGCAGAUCAGAGACCUCGACGCGAGCACGAUGUCGCAGAGCGUCCGCGGGAAGGGCGGGUCAACGAUACACGACGCGAACGUGGACAGCGACCUUUCGUCGACGCUCACGUCCGGCGCCAUCGCGACGACGACGGGGAGAGUGGACGAGUACCAGGCACGCCUGCACUCGGUGAUCGGCAGCGGGAAGUUCAGCACGGUGUGGAAGGGCGUCCACCUCCCGUCCGGUAAGACGGUCGCGGUGAAGAAGGUGCAGAUAUACGAGAUCAUGGACGCGAAGCAGCGGAGCGACUGCGUCAACGAGGUGAAGCUCUUGCAGUCGCUGUGUCACCCGAACGUGAUUCAGUACGCGGAUGCCUUCGUGGAGAACAACGAGCUGAUCAUCACGCUGGAUUACUGCGACUGCGGAGACUUAUCGAGCCUGAUCAAAGAGCGCGGGACCGCGGGGGUGCCGCUGUCGGAGGGGGACAUCUGGAGCAUAUUCUCACAGCUCGUAGGCGCGGUGACGCACAUGCACUCGCACCGGGUCAUGCACCGAGACAUCAAGCCGGGCAACGUGUUUCUCACCGCCGACGGCGUCGUCAAGCUCGGGGACUUGGGGCUCUCGAGGUACUUCAGCAGCAAGACCGCGGUCGCGAAGAGCAUGGUCGGGACGCCGUAUUACAUGUCCCCGGAGUGCAUCAGAGGGCAGCCGUACGAGUGGAGCAGCGACGUGUGGUCGUUGGGGUGCCUGCUGUACGAGUUGGCGGCGCUGCGGAAUCCGUUUUUCAGAGACGGGCUCAACUACUACACGCUCGGGAAGCUCAUCACGUCGUGCGAAUACGAUCCGCUGCCGGGGUGCUUCUCGGACGAGCUGAAGCAGCUCAUCGCGGCGAUGUUGCAGCAGGACCCGGGGAAGCGGCCGUCGCUGCGGGAUAUCGGCGUCUACGCGGAGCGGUGCCGGUUGCGGUGUCGCGAGAUCACCGAGAACGAGCCGCCGGGGAAGUGA